AUGGGCAAGCUAUUUAAACCACCAUCCAACUGGAGCAAAUUGUACGCUAAAGUGAAGGAAAUUCGAGAAGAAGUCCAGGCACCAGUGGACACCGUAGGGUGCUCAAAGUUGUUUGACCCAUCGGCGUCAGAUGAGGUCAGGCGGUACCAUAUAUUACUGGCACUCAUGCUCAGUGCCCAAACCAAAGAUCACGUGACUGCAGCGGCGAUGCACUCCCUUAUUGAUCACGGUUGUACACCGGAGACAAUUUACAAGAUGCCGGAGUCGAAGCUUAACGAGUUCAUAUCUAAGGUUGGUUUCCACAACACAAAGGCGAGGAAUAUAAAAGCAGCUACUGAGUCUAUACUGCAGCUACACAAAGGAACAGUGCCGCGGUCUUAUGAGGGAUUGGUUUCCCUUCCAGGUGUUGGGCCCAAGAUGGCCCAUCUUUUUCUACAGGAAGCAGACAGUGUGGUAAUCGGAAUUGGAGUUGAUACACACGUCCAUCGAAUCGCCCAGCGGUUCCACUGGGUUCCCUCAACGGUAAAGAGUCCAGAGGAUACGAGGAAGGCUCUCGAAGCUUGGCUUCCCGCCAAGUAUUGGGGUGAGAUCAAUGGAAUGUUGGUGGGAUUGGGCCAAACAAUAUGUACUCCCCGGAUCCCGCGAUGUUCAGAGUGCCCAGCGAGUGGGCUGUGUCCCAGCGCCUUCCGCGAGGCAAAGGGCGGCGUGAAGCGUCAGAGGUUGCCCGAAAUUGAGGACGUUGGUGCUGUGGUUCCAGCCCCAAAACGGAAGCGUAUAUAG